AUGCAUGCACAUCCCGACGCGUCCACACAAUACAGAGUAGACAUCACUACAUCAAACAUGGCCGGAGCUCGUCAUAAGGUCGGCGAGCUGUUGCGCCACGCACGGCGACGGUCGACGGCCGCGCUCGACAAGGCAUUGUCCCUCCUGUCAUCGCAUUCCUGGUCAUACGUGCAGCACCACGUCGUCAAGGAGCGGGUGAAGCGGUGGCGGCACGCUCUCGCCGGGCGGUUCUGGCGGCGCCUCGGCUCGCUGCUCGUCCACGUCGCCUACUUCCUCGCCGUCUCCUGGCUCGGUUACCUCCUCCUCGCGCAGCUCAGGUUCCGCGCCGGCGGCGACGGGACGAGGCGGCCCCGCGGCAUCGACCUGUUCUUCACCGCCGUCUCGGCCGCGACGGUGUCCAGCAUGUCCACCGUCGAGAUGGAGGUGUUCUCCAAUGGCCAGCUCCUCGUCCUGACUGUCCUCAUGUUCGUCGGCGGCGAGGUGUUUUUGUCGCUCCUAGGCCUCGCGUCCAAGUGGUCCAAGCUGAGGAAGCAAGCCGUUCACAAAUCAUCCCGCCGCGUCGACAACCACGACGUCCCCGAGCUUGAGAUGCCGCCGGUAGACGCCGCCACCGAAUUGGCCAACCCAACGUCGAUGACAUCGACCGUCGAUGAUGAGAUGAGCAAGCCGUUGGACCACUUCGAUGACACGAGGCUGCGGCGCGACGCGGUGCUGUCGCUGUUCUUCGUCGUCCUCGCCAUCCUCCUAGCGGUGCACGUCCUCGGUUCCGGCGCCAUCGUGGCGUACGUCUUGCACGCGUCGCCGGCGGCGAGGCGGACGCUGCGGGACAAGGCCCUGAACAUGUGGACCUUCGCCGUGUUCACGACGGUGUCCACGUUCUCGAGCUGCGGGUACAUGCCGACGAACGAGAACAUGAUCGUCUUCAAGCGAGACACCGGGCUGCAGCUGCUGCUCGUGCCGCAGGCGCUGGUCGGGAACACGCUGUUCCCGCCGCUGCUCGCCGCGUGCGUGCGCGUCGCCGCCGCGGCGACCCGGCGCGUGGAGCUCAAGGAGACGGCGAAGAAGGGCCGGGAGUUGACGGGGUACUACCACCUGCUCCCGGCGCGGCGGUGCGCGAUGCUGGCGGCGACGGUGGUGGGCUUCCUCGCCGUGCAGGUGGCGAUGCUGUGCGGCAUGGAGUGGGGCGGCGCGCUGCGGGGGAUGAGCGCGUGGGAGAAGGUGUCGAACGCGGUGUUCCUGGCGGUGAACUCCCGGCACACCGGCGAGUCGACCCUCGACCUCUUCACCCUCGCGCCGGCCAUCCUCGUCCUCUUCGUGCUCAUGAUGUACCUGCCUCCAUACACGACGUGGUUUCCAUUUGAAGAGAGCUCCGGCGUCAAGGACCAACCCAGGGAGGAGACCCAGGGGGUCAGGCUGCUCAAGAGCACGCUUCUGUCACAACUCUCCUACCUCGCCAUCUUUGUCAUCGCCAUCUGCAUCACCGAGAGGGAAAAGCUCAAGGAGGACCCCCUCAACUUCAACUUGCUCAGCAUCGUCGUCGAAGUCGUCAGCGCUUAUGGGAAUGUGGGCUUCUCCAUGGGCUACAGCUGCAGUAGGCAGAUCAGCCCGGACGGGAUGUGCACUGACAGGUGGACCGGCUUUGCUGGGAGGUGGAGCGAUUCUGGCAAACUCAUCCUCAUUCUUGUCAUGCUCUUCGGGAGGAUGAAAAAGUUCAGCAUGAAAGCGGGCAAAGCCUGGAAGCUUAGUUAG